AUGGUCUUAGAGAUAUUCAGGUAUACUAUCCCUAGUUGGUACAAAGUCAAGAGAUUUUUCAACUUGGGAUCCGAAAGAAAGCUAAAAAAAUCCAUAUCAAUGGCUCACAAAUUUGCAGAUGAAAUCAUACGCUCAAGAAUUAAAGAGAAAACAACCCAAGAUAAGGAUGAAGAUUUAUUGUCACGAUUCAUGGCAAACAAAGAUAAUUAUUCCCCAAAAUUCCUUCGAGACAUAAUCAUAAGUUUCAUUCUUGCCGGUCGAGACACCACUUCUUCAGCUCUAACAUGGUUCUUUUGGAUCUUAUCCACUCGACCAGAUAUUGAACAAAAAAUCCUUACAGAGCUCGAAACAAUCCGAUCAAGAACACAUAAGAAAAUUGGGGAUAUGUAUAGUUUCGACGAACUCCAAGAUAUGCACUAUCUUCAAGCAGCAUUGUCUGAGACUCUUCGACUAUACCCGCCGGUGCCGAUUGACUCAAAAGAUUGUCAACGUGACGAUAUCUUACCGGAUGGGACAUUUAUCGGGAAGAAUUGGUUUAUAAUGUACCAUGCAUAUGCAAUGGGAAGAAUGGAGAGUAUAUGGGGGAAGAAUUGCGAGGAAUUUUUGCCAGAAAGGUGGCUGAAAAAUGGGGUUUGUAGAAUUGAGAGUCCAUUUCGUUUUCCUAUAUUUCAUGCAGGGCCAAGGAUGUGUCUUGGGAAAGAUAUGGCUUAUAUUCAGAUCAAGUCCAUAGUUGCCGCUGUGAUUGAGAAAUUUGCAGUGAAAAUGGUGGAAAACAAGACUCCAAAACAUUUGUUAUCAUUGACAUUGAGGAUGGAGAAUGGGUUGCAAGUGAUGGUAAAAAAGAGGCCAAUAUAUUAUGUAAUUUAGAUAUAUGUAGAUUUGAAAAUAUAUGUGCCUCUUAAUAAUAAUUAAGCAUAAUAUUGAAAUAGUUAUAAAAUAGAAAGAAAAGAGAAUAACAUAAGAACAUAGGAGAAAAGUGGAGAGAAAAAAGUAGAUAAUA